AUGUCAUUUCUUCGCGGCUUGAAUUGGGCUGCUCAAAGCCUGGUCUCGCACGAUUAUUACCCGAAUUUUGAACAUUUUGGACAGGUGUUUUCUUUCCUACCGCCUAGUCCGACAAUCGCUCACAAUGAUGUGACCAAGUCAGAUGCCGAGUCUCAGACUGUGACAGGCGACGUCCCCUGGGUGAAAAUCCAAUGCGGCGAUGGUUACGAGGUUUCAAGGCGAGACCGAACGAUCAAGAUAACCCUCGACCGGCCCAAACAGGGGAAUGCACUUACACUCGACCUCACCAAAGAACUCACAUCGCUCUUUGCAAGUUAUUCUGGCGAUGAUUCCGUCCACAGGAUCGUCCUUACUGCUCGGGGCCGAUACUUUUGCACCGGAAUGCACCUCCAAGAGGACUUGUUCACCUCGCCAGCACAACGAGGUAGCGCACUGCAAGACCUUUUUAGGACCAUCGACACCUGCCCCAAGACAACUAUAGCCGCCAUAAACGGGCCAGCCUUCGGCGGAGGUGUAGGUCUGGCCAUGGUCUGCGACAUACGCCUAGCGGUGGAAACCGCCUAUUUUUGCUUGAGCGAGACGAAGUUGGGCUUGUGUCCUGCCAUUGUGUCUCGGUAUCUCGUUCGAGAAUGGGGAAUCAGUCUUGUAAGAAUGGCUAUGCUGACGGCCAGAAAAGUCAGGCCACGCGUGCUGUCGAGUGUCGGUGUAAUUCAUGAGAUUACCCAGGACCAAGUCGGCUUAGACUUGAUAUUGGACAAGAUGUUGGCGGAUUUGAUGCUGGUUGCUCCUCAAGCAUCCGCGAAUACGAAAAGGUUGCUUGCGGAAGUCGUUGCCCACGAUCACGAGCUGGACAAGUUGGCCAUGGAUGUUUUUCAAGACAUGUUGGCGGAAGAUACGGAGGCUAGAUACGGUGUUGCACAAUUCCGAGAAGGCAAUAGAGAUGUGAACUGGGACAGGGUAGCAAUAGUUACGCCUGCCACUUGA